CCUCUUUUGUAAGUAGUACGAGCAAAAUUGCCUCCGUUUUCGCAAAUCCCCCGCUUGAAUCGACGUGAAGUCCGCCAACAAAGUGCUUUCUUGUCACGUGAUCGCUCAAAGAAUAAUAUUGUUACGGAUUGUUACUUUUCGCAUGGCGAGUUAUUCGAAUUAUCGUGAUUAUAACAAGCAAAUAUAUGGGGUAAAAGGUUGACUGUGUAAUGUGAGGCUCCCUGAAUCAUUAAUAAAGAUACUGAUUUCGUCAAAAGCUUGUCUGAUUCCAAGUCCUCCAAAUCUGACAUUUGAAAGUCAUAAAGGCCAGAUAAAGGCUAUAGUUACAGUGCAGGAGGUUUUGUGAGUUUUGUAUAUAUUGAAGGGAGAAAAUAAUGAACCUCAUAGGUAGACAACUCUUGAAUGUAUUACGCCAGAAUGUGCGCAAUGUGAAUAAUUCUACAUUUAAUAGUUACAUAUCUCUCAAGCGUUUGUACCCAGGAAGUAACGUAAACCUUUUUACUCCACAGUUUCAGAAGGAAAGUGAAAAAGGAUUUUCAGGGUUCAUACCAGUAGAUCAACUGCAGAUAACCUUCAGCCGAAGUGGUGGGCCAGGUGGACAGAAUGUGAAUAAGGUUAACACAAAAGUUGAUGUUCGGUUUCAUGUAGAAACUGCUAAUUGGAUUAACAAUGAUUUAAAAAAGAAGAUAUUUUUAGAGCACAAAACCAAAAUUAACAAAGAUGGCUUUCUGAUUGUACGUUCUGAAAAGACACGAUCACAACAGCUGAAUUUGGCAGAUGCCUUGGAAAGAAUAAGAACAAUGAUUUGGCAAUUGACAGAGAGUGAAACUGUUAUAUCUCCUGAAACUGAACAAAGAAUUAUACGUCAGAAAGAAAAGGCAGAUCGCAUUCGUCUAGCUGAGAAGCGAACAAGGUCUCGAAUUAAACAAGAUAGACAAUUAUCAGUUGUUGAAAUGUAAUUUUCUGUCUGUAAUUUUAAUAAAACAAGUUAACUAAUAAUACGUUUUGUGUUUUAAUAAUAAAUAUAGAAAGAUGCACAAUGUGCAUUAGUUGUUAAUAACUAGGCAAAAAUAACACUACAUUCAUGAUUUGUAUGUAUGUCACUGCCAAUGCUGUAACAUUCAAUUGAAUAGGUCAGGAAAUAUAUUGGUAACCCACAUGUCUGUAAUUUUUGUCAGCCAAAGAAAAAAUUAAUUUUACAAACUUUAUUUUGUAAAUUCAGGAGCUGUAUAUACUUCUUGUUGCUUUCUAUCCAAAUACUAGUUCUAAAAACAUGUUUGUACAGCAUUUUGAUCAUAACAUUUGUACUUGGGAGAGAUUCCAAGAUCUUAAUUUUUUGGUAAUUAGAAGAUGAGUUGUGAGCAAAAAUAUUGUGUUGCAGCUUGAGAGACAUGCCCGCUCAGGGCCUCCAUCUUCCAAUUGCUCACGUGCCAUGACUAAUGAUGAUGAUAAUGAUAAUAAUAAUAAUAAUAAUAUCUAUUGAGUCACAUAUACA